AUGCAGCAGCUGCUGCAGCUGCUGCAGCAACAACUGCUGCUGCAGAAUAGGACGUACUGGCGUCUUCAGGCUUUUCGUUCUCUUGGAGCUCUGGUGAGGGAGAAGCAAAAACGUCGAGGGGUCUACAGCCGCGGCGGCGGCAAAGGCAGCAGCAACACGAGCUGCAGCAGCUUCAGUAGCACUGGUGGCAGCAGCAGCAGAAGCAGCAGCAGGCCACUGAAAGCUGCCAAGCACAAAGGGGGCCUAGCAGCGAAUCAGCAGAGAUUCGGGUAUGACAUAAUCCCGGAGGUGGAGGCAGCAAACCCGCCAAGGAGCAGCACCAGCAGGCACUCCAGCAGCAGCAAUAGCAGCAGCCACAAUGGUGGCAGCAGCACUGGUGGCAGCAGCACUUUUUACGGCUGCAGCAGCAGCAGCAAGAGCCCCUUUUCAAAAAGGCAAAGAGCCUUUGACACCAACGGAAUAGCCGCAGACAGCAGCAGCAGCGAAGAGGUGCCAGGGGCAGCAGCUGCUGCUACCCGUAUGGCGCUUCCAGCAGCUACGAAGCGCCCGCAGCAGCAGCAGCAGCAGAGACAGCGCCGGCAGCAAACAGAUGCAGAAGAACACAACGAGGGGCAUUUGCUGGACUCUCUUCCUUUCUUAUCCCCCCAGCAGAUCUGCCUGGCAGUCUUCAGACUCACUGGCCCCAGCAGCAGCAGCAGCAGCAGCAAGACUGGGGCACCCACUGCAUCACAUGCUGCAACGCUGCGCAAAGUUGCUGCUUACUGCAGCCCGUUUGUAGACGUGUGGCCUCACAGAGAUGUUGCUAUGCUGGGGGUCAGCCUGGCUACGCACCACAAGCAGCAACUACAGCAGCAGCAGCAGCAGCAGCAGCUCGUGCUGCAGCAGCAGCAGCACCAACAGGAUGAUCCAGUGACGCAGUUUCUGCAGAAGGUGGGGCUGCAUGUGCUGCAGCACGCAGCGCAGCACGACCCCCGUGACUUGCUGCGGCUGCUGCCGCUGCUUGCUGCUGUGCCGCCGUCCCCCAGAGCAGCAGCAGAAGCAAAGGCAGCAGCAGAAGCUGCUGCUAAUGGAACAAUUGCUGCUGUUGGGUCUCCCGCGUCAUUUCCUCAUCUUCUUGCUGCAGUGCUGCUUCCGCUAGCUGCUGCACCAGAUACUCUCGGUGGCCCUGCUGCUGUUGCUGCAGCUUUUGCUGCACUCUCUGACAGACGCUGGCAGCUUCCUGAAUGGGCGGCCAUUUCGCUGGCGCAGCAAGUGCGCUGCUGCUGGCAGCAGCCGCAGCAGCAGGAGCAGCAGCAGAAAGGACUGUCGCCGGAACAGCAGCAGCAGCAGCAACACACCAGAGCUUGGCCCACGCUGCCGGAUGCAGCAAGGACUGCAUAUGCGUUUUGUCGUUUUGCUGCUUCAAAGCUGCAGCCAUCUGACUGUUUGCAGGCACGUGACGACGUUCAUAGCAUAAGUGACAGCAGCAGCAGCAGCAACAGCAGCACCAGACGCGACAGCAAGAUAUUUUGGGUGGACUGGUUGCAUUGGUUCCUUGGGAAGCUGCCUGCUGUUAUUUUGAAGGCUGUGCCUCCACAUGCUGCUGCUGCUUCGCCAUUGUCUUCUGCUGCUGCUGUUGCUGCCGCAGCCCUGCCUCCUGCUAGAGCUGCUGCUUCGCGUGGUGCUGCUGCAGCGCUGCGAGACCUUUCAGCGUUGGCCUCUUCUCUGACGCGGACAUCACAGCUGCUGCCAGCUGCGCAUGCGCCAGUGUGGCGGGUGCUGCUGCCGCAGCUGCUGCUGGCGAGCAGCAGCAGCAGCAGCAGCAGCAGCAGCAGCUGCAGCAACGGCAGCAGAAUCAGAAGAGCUGGCUCUGCUGCUGCUGCUGCGGAGCCUUCAUCUCCUCUUAAGGAAAUGGCUCUAGGCUGCGCUGCUGUGGCGCGCUGCAGCAUCACUGCAGCAGAGAAGCAGCAGCUGCUGCAGCAGUUUGCCCCCUGCUUGCUGCGGCUGCUUCACCAGCUGCUUCCAGCAGCAGGCGAGCCCACGCAAGCAACUGCAACACCAUGUCUUGAAGGAGCAGCAGCAGAAGCUGAAGGAGCAGCAGCAGAAGCCGCACGUGCAGCGGCCGCGCAUCUCGCCCCAAUGGCUCCAGUGACAGCCAAAGUGCUGCUGUCUUCCUUUGCUACUGCUGCUUCCAGCAGCCAGGACGCUGCAGUUGAGCAGCUGCUGCUGCUGUUGUGCAGGUACUUGCGAGGAUACAGAGAGCAUUUCAGCAUCGAACUUCUGGCCUAUGCAGCAGCAGAUGCAGGCCUCCUUUCAAGCGUUUCACCUUCAACAGCAGUGCGCAGUGAGGCUGCUGCUGCUGUGGAGGCGGGAUGUGACUACCUGCUGCAGCGGCUGCAGCAGCAGCAGCAGCAGCGGCGGCAGCAGCAGCAGGAAGUGGAGGCGAAAAUCCCUCGACAAGCAGCAGCAGCGCUGCUGGCCAUAUGCAGCAGGCUGCCCACAGUCCCUGUAAGACUCGUCGAAGCACUGCAGCAGUCCAUUCUCCAACCGCAGCAGCAGCAGCAGCAGCAGCUGCAGCAGCAGCAACGGAAGCAGGCUGAUUCAACUGUCUCUCAGGUGACUGCUUGCCUCCUAGCGCUGAGCCGCUUCCCCCGUCGCCUCCUUUCGGAGCAAUGGACAGCAGCAGAGCAGCAGCUGCUGCAUCGGCUGCAGCAGCUGCAGCAGCUGCAGCAGCAGCCACAGCAGCAGCAUAUGCAAACGGAGCUAGGACUAGAGGAAGCAGCACGAAUUCUUUCAGCCUACGCUGCAGCGCUGCGGGAGGCCCCACAUUUGCUGCUAAAGUCAGUACAGCAGCUUGUGACCCCACAGCUCCAGCAGCAACGCCAACAGCAGCAGCAGCUGCUACUACAGCUUCAGCAGCAGCAAACAGAUAUAUCGACGCUGAGCCUCAGCGGCUGCAUGCAUAUGGCGCGCCUGCUGGAAACUGCAGUGCUCCUCUCGCUGCACCUUCCCUCAGCCAGGCAGCAGCAACAGCAGCAGCAGCAACGGCAAGAGCAGGAUAUUCAGACGACAGGAGCCUUCAUCGCUCUCUUAGUGGAUUCUCUCUGUGAUAAUAUAGCGUUUCACAAGAGAUGCCUCUCCCUUUUGUUUCCACGGAUGCUGUCUGUCUCACCCAAUAGCAGCGAUGACCAGCAGCAGCAGCAGCAGCAGCAGCAGCAGAAAGCGCACCAGAAACACCUGCAGCAGCUUCAGCGGCUGCAGCAGCAACAGCGCGGCCUUGUCGGCAUCACAGCCAUCUGUGCCACCCACCUUCAGCACCCUCCAUUGUUGGCUGAGGCGCUGCAGCUGCGUCUGCUGCUGCUUUCAGAAGCUGCAGCAGCAGAAGCGGCAGCAGCUAAGCAUGCAGCAGCAGCAGAGCCAAAGCGAGCCAGUGAGUCUAUGCCUUUCUUAGCUCCGUCAGAGGAGCUGCAGGUUGGCCGAUUUGUUGCUUCUUUUGUUGCGGGAUGCUACUGUCCUAUCCAGCUGCAGCAGCAGCAGCAACAGCAGCAGCAGCAACAGGACCACCAAGAUCAGAAGCAGAAGGCGUGGGAUAUGCUGGUGUCUUUGUUGGGAGGCUGCGAAGCGGCUGCAGCAGUAGCGGCACGCGCUGCUCUUCACGCAGCAGAAGCGCUUGAAUGCCGGCAGCAGCAGCAGCAAGUACUGCAGCAGCAGCAGCAGCUGUGGACUAGCGAGCAGCAGCACGGGUCCCGCCCUUCGCUGCGCAUGCAGCUGGAAGUGGCGGCAGCACUGCGCAGCAAAUCAGUGCAGCACGAAGUGCGGAGCUGCCUGUACACUCUAGACUUGCUGCUGCCUCCGCUGCCGCUGCUGCCUCUCUGCUGA